AUGGCUUUCUGGAAGGAGCAAAAGGGAUCUUUGGCUGGGGGAAUAUUCUAUCUCAUAUGUUGUUCAUUUUUUGGUGAUGGAGACAUUGAGUUGUAUGUCGGGCACAAUGGUGGAGAAGAGGGAUUCCCAUGUGCCUUUCAAAGUCGUUGGAGACCCAAGUGUGGUGAAAAUGUUGAAAGAGCUUCAGAUGAAGUUUGGGGCCAGAUGGAAGAGGAGUUUGUGGACUCUUUGGAAGGAAAGAUUGACCAAGAGCUUGUCAGAUAUUUGAGAUUAGCUAUUGAUGGGGAGGCACUGGUUGUUGAUUAUGUGAGAUUGGCUAUGGUGGUUUUUGGGGAAGGUAUCUUUGGAAUGCUAGAUUUAGUCUAG